AUGAUUGACAUCAUUUUACUGAAGGUUGAAAAUCCAGGCUGCUUUUGGGUUCACGUAAAAGGAGGUGGAAGAUUUAUAGAAAAUGAAACAGAAUAUGCAAAACUUCAUGAAGAAAUGAACCAGUUCUAUAACAAAUCAUACAAAGGUGUGGAUGAAAUCAAGCCAUCUGUAUUAGAAGAAGGGCAGGUUUGCGUUGUUUAUUGUCCGGAGCUGAAAUCCUGGUGCAGAGCCACUGUUAAAUCAAUCAUAUCAUGUACGGAUUAUUACCUUGUUGAAUGCUUCCUUGUAGACCACGCCAAGAGUGUUCCUGUGAAAACAGACAGGAUUUGUGCUGCCUUAGAAUCAUUUAUGAGACUGCCUUACAGGGCAAAGAAAUUUAGGCUGUACUGUACAAAACCAGUAACCCUGCAUGUCGACUACUGUAACAACAAUGCAGAGCUAGUCCCUUCUAACAGGUGGGAUGUUGCAGCUAUCAAAUACUUUCAAAACCUCCUGAAUGCAACCACCAAAGUUGAGGCCAAGUUAUGUGCUGUUGAAGAUGAGAGUUUUGAUGUUUAUCUUUAUGCCACAAUAAAGGGACAAAAGAUCUGCGUGAACGAUGAACUCGUUGCAAAGAACUUUGCCUGCUAUGAGAUGGAAAAAGGGGAAACACUGAGUAUUGUGGAAAAACAAAAGAUGCAGCCAACUUUAUCUCCUGAACCUCCUUCAGAGAAGAUCAAUCCUGCAUUAGUUCUGUGGCCAACGUUGUUGCAAGCCAAGGAAUCCAAUCAUUUUAAAACGUAUGCUGCUGUUUCUGAUAAUACUAAGGAAAUAAAAUAUAAGAGUCUACAGGAAACUGCCUCCCAUAAUGGAGUGACUGAGUCAAAUGUAGUGUUGGCUCUUCCCCCUUUGGAAAAAGGCAUCACAGUUUCUGUACAAGCAGAUAGGAAGACUGACAGCACAUUGCAACAAAAAACUACUGAAAAGCAGAAGGAGCUAGAGAAAGGUCCUGAUAAGAAAGCUCUCUGUUUGAAGCUUCUACAGUUUUUAAACCCUGAUCCUUUGAAAGCUAUUGACAGACAUGACGAGAAAGAGGGGUUUCAUCUGAAUGUCACCUCAUGCCUUCCUAUUGUUCUUAGUAAUGAAAUUGACCCAUGCACCACGCUUGAAACAGCACCACUCUUUCCUGAACUGAGAAAGGAGCUUCUCCGGAAUCAGGUCCUAGGUCCUACCCGUAUACAGUCAUAUUCCUGGCCACCGAUAGCCCGUGGGUGUGAUUCAGUUAUAAUCACUCCUGAAAACGAUCCACUUGUGUAUCUUCCACCUCUUAUUACAUUUUUGCAGUCAAGAAGUUGCUAUGUGUCCCUGCCAUCAAGGAAUGGUCCAAUUGCAUUAAUCAUAUGCCCUGGAUGGAAGAAGGCUGAACAAGUGUUUGAGUUACUAGAAAUCUACACCCGUUGUUCUAGGCCUCUUCACCCCAAGCUGCUUUUACUGGGAUUGAACAAAGAAGAAAUCAAGAGUGUGAAACUUCCAAGAGGAUGUGAGGUCAUUGUAACAACCUCUCAUAAUGCUCUGCGGCUGCUUGAAUGUCACAGUUUAAAAUUCCUCAGGCUUUGCCACCUUGUGUUUGAUGAGGCUGAGGUGCUGUUUUCUGAAGCCAAUGAACAAAUGUUAAAUAUCUUAGAGUAUUACAAAAACCACCUCAUCGUUGAAGAUAGAGAAUCUGCACCAUGGCAGAUUGUUGCUGUCGGAAGCCAUUGGAACAAAAACUUGCAAUAUUUAACCAAAGAUUUCAUGAAUGAUCCGUAUGUCGUGAUCACAUCCAUGGAAGAAGCGGCCAUAUACGGGAAUGUACAACAGGUGGUACGGCUAUGCCUUGAGUGUGACAGAAUCUCUACAUUACUUCAGGCAUUGGAUUUUACUCCAACUAAUGCUCAGAAGACAUUGGUUUUCACCAGUUCUAAAGAAGAAACUGAUAUGGUUUCCAAGGCAGUGGAGAACACUUCUAUAUUUUGCAUGAAAGUACAGCCAGAAAUUGAUUUUGAUUAUGUUGAAGCGCAGUGGAACAAAAGAUUUAGCUCUGCCACGCAUGCUGUAUUAGUCUUAACUGAUGACUGCAUGUCAGCCCUUAGAAUUACUGAUGCCACGCGUGUCGUCCAUUUCAGUUUUCCCGCCUCCCCGAGAAUCUUUGGUGCGCGUUUAUACAGCAUGUCUGCGAACUUCCAAAAUUCAGUGGAAAAGGUUUUGACUCUGCAACAAGGAGAGCCAAAGGCAAAAUCCAUCUUGUUGUUGACAGAAAAGAGCACGUGCCGUGCCGCUGGGGUUCUGCGAUACUUGGAACGCGCAGAAGCCAAAAUCCCACCAGAACUGUGUGACUUCAUAGCUGGAGUGCUUGAAGCCAAAGAAGACAGCAAGAGUGGGAGGCCGCUCUGUCGCUACAUUAAAACAAUUGGGGUUUGCAAGGCUAAAAACCGCUGUCCGGAUCGACAUCGAAUUAAUUUGCAAAUAGAUUCGCCCCAAAAGGUGAUGGAUGAAACUCUGCCUACUUCAGGAAAUGUAACGAUACUACCACUUUUCAUUGUGAAUGCCACUCAGUACUUUGGCCGCAUAGUGCGUAAACCAAAGGAUCAGUAUACAACUCUUGCAGAAGAGCUGAAUGAGUAUUAUAAGAAAGCUAGCCAUCGCAUCUCCGUUGACACAGUGGAGAAGCUGGCAGUGUGCGGAUUACAAGAAGAAAAUUAUUUCCACAGGGUUCAAGUAUUAGAAGUGGCAGCGAAAGAAGAAAAUUGUGUGUUUUACAGUGUUCAUAUCAAGUACAUAGACGAAGGCAGAUCUGGUCAGGUCAAGAAUUAUCAGCUGCUUCACUUGCCAGAGAAGUUUCAAGUGUUACCCCCUCAGGCUGUGGAAUUUAUUGUUUGUAGGGUUAAACCUAUCGAUGAAGAAACAGAGUGGCAUCCAAAGGUUACUAGAUACAUUCAUCAAAAGAUCAUCGGGAAAUCACAUGAAGCAAAAAUAGUACUUACCUUGGGAAACACUAUUUGGGUGGAUCCAAUGGUUCGGGUCACUAGACUCUUAGAUCUGAAGACUUCUAUCAAUGAAUACAACGUUCGCUCUGAGAUUCUCUCUACUGGAAUGGGAAUUGACAAUCCAGAGCACACACAAGAACUCCAGAAGUUGUUUCGAAAUGCUGCAGUGGCCCAUGAGAAAAAAGACUUGCCUCCAUUAAUGCAUCUUCUGAAAUGUGGAACAAGUGAGUUGGCCAUUCCUGCUGGACAAAAUGCGUCAGACCAGGUCAGGCCAAGUUCACCGAGCACCCCAGGAGAGGUCGGGUCCAGUGUGCCAACUGAAGAAAAUGAUGUCAUUACUGAUGAUGAUGAAGCUGCACAAAAUAAGAAAGCAGAAGACUCUCCACAGCUGCCUUACAAAUGCUUUUAUCCAAUAAUAAAAUGGUUUGACAAAGGAGACAUUGCUGUUAUGAAGAUAAAAUUACAGAACAUUACUGACUACAACUGCAAAUUUUUCACACAGAGGAUCAUUUUCAGUGCUUUUGCGGGAGGCAAAUUCUAUUUGGCCGACAUGGAGCUGCAGGGAAAUAUCCUCAAAGAAAAAUCUGCAUGCCUCCUUAAGAGUGAUGAGCCCAUGAUUAUCCUCGCAAAAGAGAAGGAGGAACCUUGGUGCAACUUGCUGAAGCACAAAAAUCCUAAUGUGACGUUUGAUUUUGAUUACUUGGAAGACUCUGAACAAAAAAGGCCUUUUCCUGUUGGUCCUAAGAAGUUGUAUCAGCUUGCUAUAGAAGAAGAAGAGGAGGAGAAUCAGUCGUCUGAAGACAGUGACACAGAGAGUGAUGAUUUGUUGUCUUGUUAA